GGAAUUUUUCAUGUCAUUUUUCUUUUUAUUAGGCUAUAAUUGGGUUUGUCUCCAAUGACUGCAUGGAUCUGUAUUCUCUCUACUCAGACAUGCCUUUAUUUUCCAAAAGAUUUGUUCACUAUAGGAAUAUCAAAAUUACAACAAAACUACAACGGGAAUUCAACAGGAAAACAAAAAUAGAAUACCAUGCACUACACAGAGUGUGUUUCUCUGCAAUAAGUAUGCUAAUGAUGAGAUGAGGACAUCCUCCUACUUACAUCACUUCAUUCACCUGCCCUCAUAAGAGGAAGGAAGGGGGGAAAAAAUAAGUUUUUACUUGCAGACAGAAGAUCAAGAUGAUAAUAUGCUGACUGAACCCAAGGCGAAAACUUCAGCAUUGUCUUUUCAUGUUUAAUGUCAACUGCAGAGACAGACUACAUCAAUGCAAAGGACUUCUGCAAAAGAAAUGGGAUCAGAUUAUGGUGUCAUGGACCGAGUGUCUCAUCCCUUGACAUUUGGCUUAUCAUUAAACCACCAGUAUUCCCCCUUCAAAGAUGCACUGAAAACUCCCCAAAAUUACCAAGAGCAAGUGAACAGUCAACGGUACUUUGGGUGCUUGUCCUACCUGUCCUACCAUGGGAACGUCAGUGUGCACAACUACUCUUUGGAACCUGCAUUCAUCCACAAACGUAACGAGAGAGAACGGCAGAGAGUUCGAUGCGUCAAUGAGGGAUAUGCGAGACUUCGCGAACAUUUGCCACAAGAAUUUGAGGAUAAAAGACUCAGCAAGGUUGAGACACUACGGGCUGCAAUAAACUACAUUAAACACCUGCAGAACCUUUUGGAGGUCAAUCUACCUCAGGGAAUGUCAGGACUGUCUUCAGAGAAGGACAGAGGAACUCAAGGACUAUAGUGUGAGUGUCAGCAUUGAUCUGGGCUACUGGAAACUGUAUGUUUGCCGUUAAAUUGUUUAAUUGUUGAUGACACUUGAUGCUUACUAGACGAUUGUAAACAAAUGUUAUGCUUUCCAGAUGAUACAUUCUUUAACUGAGGCC